GAUACUGACACAAAAUGGACAGGUGAGUAUAGGGAUCGUAGAUCAAAUGUCCAAGUAAUAAGCAUAUAUGUCGACGUUUGUUAGGGUCAAAUGUACAAUGUGGUGAUUGAACCAUGGGUUAUCUAGGUUAAUGUCCGCAUUAAUCCUAGCUUCGACCGCGAUGUAGAUCGCACGCCAAUUUCGUGGUCUGGUAUGGGUAUGACAUAAUUCUUCGUCCUAAUUCCGUUUUUGCUUCUUUUGCUUAGAAAGGAGAUUUGAACUUUAGGGUUUCUACAAUUAGGAAGAGAAGUAGUUUAGUUAAGACUCCAAGAGCCUUGUUGAAACGCUGUGUAUACAUAUUUGUGUCUGUCUGUAACACUCGGCCCUGCUACGAGUGAGAUUAUUACAAGAGCGUAUACAUCGGAAUAUCGCAGAUUCUACCACACUAGGAGAAUAUAAAUAAAGACCAACUUGCUUUAAUAAAGAUUAAAUAAAGACGGAAGACUUUAACGAAGACCAAAAUCAUAGUUUUUCCAAUCGUCUCUCUCUCGCACUCUCCCUCUCAUAACUCUCUUCGCAUUUCUCUCUCUAACCACAAACAUGGCGGAUCCAUCGGGCGGAUUCUGCGGCCGCUGCUUCAGCUUCAUAUUCACCCUCGGCCUCACAGCCCUCUCCAUGUGGCUGAGCCUCCGCACCUCCAACCCCAAGUGCACCAUCCACUUAUUUUACCUUCCUGCCCUCAAUCGGACCCUAGACGACACCAAAAACACCACCCUCUUCGUCGCCCUCCGGCUCAAAAACACCAACAAGGACAAGGGAGUUUUCUACGACGCCGUCAACCUCACCUUCCGGCUUCAGCCCAACGCCUCCGCCAAGCCCGUAGCAACUUCUGCUUUGCCCCGGUUCUACCAAGGCCACCAGAAGACGGCCACCAAGAACGUGGUCGUGGGCCCCCAAGAGGGGCUCAACUGGACCGCCGUGUCCAGUGGGGUCCAACCCAAUGGGAGUGUGAAUUUCAGGGUGGAUUUGGCCACUGCUGUGAGGUUCAAGAUCAUUUUUUGGAAGACCAAGAGGCACAGGCUGAACGUUGGUGCUGACGUGCUGGUCAAUGACUCUGGUGGGAAAGUCAACAAGAAGGAUAUCAAGCUUUCUGCUGCACCAGAUCAUCACCUGAUUGGUUUCUUUUCUGGGCAGGUGGGGGUUUUGUCCAAUUUCCUGGUUUUGAUUUUGCUAAAUUUUUUGUGAUUUUUUUUUUAUUUUCUUAAUUUGCGUUCAGUGCUAUUUUUUAAAUUGGGAAGGAAGAUAUUAGUCCCAGCUUUUUGUACCGAAAAUAUUUUCUAUUCAAUUUUUGAUGAUAGACGGUAGACAAUGUAAUAUUAGUCAAUUCACAAAUCACAAUCCUGCUCACCUGAAGACCGAGAUUUAUAA